AUGAGUACAGUAAAUGAAUAUGCGAGGUCGGAUGAUCCGACUGACAAUCGGCGCUCGGUGAUACCCGGGUCAUCGCGUGUGAAAUUGGCUACCGAAGGCACCGUACGGGCUCGGCAUCAGGCCCGGACGACUGCAAAUGCUACUGAUGACCAUAAGAGAAAGCUUCCGACCCGACAUCCACACCGAAUUGGAGCAUGGAAUGUAAGAGGUCUAGUACAGGAGGGAAAACUGGAAAUCGUCGAAAAGGAGAUGAUCACUCGUCGGUUGACUAUACUUGGACUGUCAGAAACACAUGUCAAGGGCUCAGGAUACUUCACAAUGGCGGAAGGAAAUACAUUCUACUUCUCAGGUCACGAAAGUAAAAGCCAGAACGGGGUGGCCAUCAUAGUUUCACAGACGUUUAAAUAUGCGGUCCUUGGAUACAACGCUAUCAGUGAUCGUAUUAUGACUAUUAAACUUAGAGGAAAUCCGCUACCUAUAAAUAUUGUCCAAGUAUAUGCACCAACGGCUCAGUCUUCAGAAGAAGAAAUCGACAGUUUUUAUGGAACACUGGAAGACUGCAUUAAUGCUUUACCACGCCGUGAAAUGCUUUUCGUCCAGGGUGACUGGAAUGCGAAAAUUGGCGACACUAGCAGAGACGAUCAUCUGCGGAAAACUGUGGGGCACUAUGGACUCGGAACGCGUAACGAUAGAGGUGAACGAUUCCUGGAGUUCUGCGUCGGAAACAGCCUCGCAAUCACCAACACAUUUUUUCAGCAUCACAAACGCCGACUAUACACAUGGAAAUCGCCAGGUGACCGGUACCGGAAUCAAAUAGAUUUUAUAACUGUUGACCAAAGAUGGAGAUCGAGCAUAAUUAACACCAAGACCCUACCCGGUGCAGACUGCGGUAGCGACCAUCAACUGCUGAUGGCGGAGGUGCGCGUCCGUCUUAAAUCACCUAGACAGCCACCAAAAAAGCCAUUAAGACUUUCAAGCGGGGAGAUAGAAUACUUCCAGCAUAUAACAGAGUCCACUCUAGGGACAGAAGACGUAGCGGAGCGCACAACUGAACAGCAGUGGCUGGUCUUUAAAAGACAUAUCAGCGAAGCUGUUGAAUGUGUCAAACAGCGACGGAAACCACAAGGUAAAAAGAGAGGCUGGAUCAGUGAGGAUACCUGGACCAUCAUUGAUGAAAGAAGGAAACUCAAAGCAAAUGGUCUUACAACACCCGCCGAAAAGGCAACGUACAGAAGUUUGUGCAAAGACAUCCAAAGACUUUGUAGGAAGGACAAAAACUGCUUCUUCACGAGUAUUUGUGCAGAAGUACAACAACACGCGCAAAAAUAUCAAACAGCGGAUCUUUUUAAAAAAGUAAGACUAUUAACACGACAGUUUAACGCUCAGUCGUGGGCAAUUGAGAAUAGAGAUGGGGAAAUCAUCACGGAGAUCGAUAAAGUUGCAGAGAGAUGGAGUGAAUAUUGCGCUGAUUUGUAUCAUCUUGAGCACGCUAUGGAUGGUUCUGAUUCUCUGGAAGGAUGCAAUAUACACAACAUGGAGCUGGAGCCGGAUAUUCUAUACACAGAAGUAACUGCCGCUAUUGGAAAAUUGAAACCAAAUAAGGCAGUCGGCAUCGAUAAUAUUACCGCCGAAGUUUUGAAGGGCCUCGGAGAGAAGGGAGUUGCGAAACUUGUAGACUUAUGCAACUCAAUAUGGCGAAGCUAUACUCAACGUAAGGCUUAUCAUAGAAAGUGCUAUGAGUAUAACAUCCCGGCCGUUCUAUGCUUCGUCGACUACCAAAAAGCCUUUGACUGCGUUAGUUGGAAGCAUUUAUGGUACGUGCUUAAGGACAUGGGCGUUCCCAUGCAUCUGAUUCAGCUGAUGAGAGCCCUGUACCUGUCGGGACGGGGAUCGGUACGGAUCGGCCCAGCACAAUCAAGAGAGUUCCGAUUUGAGAAAGGAGUGCGCCAGGGUUGCAUUGUCUCGCCCAUACUUUUUAACAUCUAUGGCGAAUACAUAAUGCGCAAAACCCUAGAGGAGUGGGAUGGUGGCGCCACAGUUGGGGGCGUAAAGAUCUCGAACUUACGAUACGCUGAUGAUACCACAUUAGUGGCGUCAUCAGAAAAGGAAAUGGAGGAGCUGCUGCGACGUCUGGUUAUAGUUAGCGAGGAAAUGGGACUAAAGAUCAACCAGCCCAAAACAAAGAUCAUGAUCGUGGAUAAAUACGUCACUCUUAACGAGAAUAAUAUUCUUGGCCAAUACGACAUCGUCAAGACUUUCGUGUACCUCGGCUCGAUUAUUUCCAAUAGAGGUGGAUCGGAAACCGAAAUAAGGCGACGCAUCGGAAUGGCCAAAUCCGCUAUGAGCCAGCUAAACAAAAUAUGGAGAGAUCGAAACAUACUCAAGAAAACGAAAGUGCAAAUUGUUGAGACGCUCGUUUUCUUAAUCUUUUUGUAUGGGGCUGAGACCUGGAUCUUGAAAGAGUCUGACAGGCGACGCAUAGACGCGUUUGAGAUGUGGUGCUGGCGGCGCAUGUUACGCAUCCCUUGGACGGCUUUCCGGACGAACGCUUCCAUCCUCAACGAGCUAAAAAUGUCAGCCCUGUCCUGA